AUGACGAACGAUGAUUUACAUCGUCUUCCUCCUCCACCUUUAUUUACACUUCGUCCUCCACCUAAACCACCUGGACCUUUAUUUGAACAAUUUCAAACAAUUGAAAUAUUAAAUGGUCAAUGUAUAAAACCAUCAUUAAAUAUUCUUAAUAAUUCUUCAAAUAUUCUUCAAACACAUGAAGAACAAAUUAAUUGGUUAAAUCUUUUUCUUCUUAUUUUGGCUAUAAUUAGUGUUAUUUCUUGUAUUAUAAUUGCUAUAUUUAUUUUUAUUUGUCUCAAAAAAUUAAGAAAAGAAGAAAAACAAUAUAAAAAUUAUGUUAUAACUGGUUCAUUAUCAUCAAAAAAUCAUCACCAUCAUUCUGAUACAUGUACUAGAGCAAGUGAACAUUAUAAAUGUACGCCAAAUACAUUCAAUUGUUGUGAUGAUUAUUAUUCUCAUCAGUUAAUUCCCAUGACAGAAGCACCUCUUCCGUCUACCAUUUCUCCUCAUGAUAUUGUAAAUUCAACUAAUAAUACUGAUUCUCCAUCAACAUUAAGCAAUGCCGGUGCUGUUGAUAAUUCACAAAAUCAUCAAUAUGAAUGUAUACCUGAAUGUUUCUUGACAAUGGCCCGUCAUCAUCAUUAUCAUCAUCAUCCUUCACUAGUAUGUCAUCAUCAGCAUCAAUUAUAUCAUCGACCUAGUGCCUGUUCUGUACCUUAUGCUACUUUUUCUCGAUCAUUACUUUUAUCUCGAGGAAUAACAACAACGAGUACAAGUGACAGUAGUCAAUGCACGUGUUCUCCUCCACCAUCAACAACCGUUGUUCAAGAGGAAUCAUCAACUCCUUUACUUGCCACAUCGAUUUAUAAAGAAUCUCAUCACAAAGAAGAAACAUUGGCAUCCUCAUCAAAAUUAAUGAUGAUCGGAUGGACAAGACGAAAUUCAUCUAUAUCAACAAAACAAAAAUCGACUGGUAUUAUUGGCAAUGAACAACAACAAAGUUUUCUAUCUCAAUUACGGAAAUCUUCUGUAUUAAAAUAA